AUGGCCAGUCCUCACACUCCGUAUCACCCCCAACCGGGGCCAUCCUACUACCAACAUCCUCCACCCCCACCACAGCCCCCGCACUAUGGCUACGCGCCAGCGCCUGGUCCGGCACCGUACUACGCAUACCCCAUGCCACCCAUGAACGGGCACGCACCGAUGCAUCAACCAGCCUCCCCUAGAAUCAGCGGUGGUGGGCGCGGCCGCUAUCCUCACAGAGGUGGAGGGCCCGCGUACCAUUACCAGCCCGUCCCCCACCAGCACAUGCCCCCACCUACCAUGUCGGUUCAGACUCCCCCGCCACUGUCCCCCGCAAGCCCCUUCCAUCACCCACAAAAGUUUCAGCCUCAUCCUCACGCCCAUCAAGUGCCUUACGGCUCUCCUUACCACCAUCCGCAACCGACCCCACAUUACCCUCAUACCUGGCAAGGGCAGGCACCAUCACCCGUCCCCAAACAGCUCACUGCACUUCCGCCAAUGCUGAUCCAGGAGCAUCCUCAGCUUCAUCCGCCCCAGCCCCCACCUAAUGCUCAGCCGCAGCCACUACCAGACAUGCGCCUCGUUCCUAUACCGCCGUCUGCUCCGAUAUCCGACGAUGCUGCUCGGAUACCUUCCCCAAUAGUUCAGCCGCUUUUACAACCCAUACCGGCUUCGCAGCCUCAGCAUUCUCCUCCGGAGAUCCCUCAAGAAGAAACUCCGCCCGAAGAGCCUGCAGUCGUAAACCAGCCUGAGGAGUCGGAACCCGAACCGCAACAGGCAGAGGAACCCACUGUCCAGGCAGUCGCAAACAGUCCUGAGUCUGAGAUGCCGAACAGUCCUACGGAUGCGCCUCCCUCCUUCACCGCGAUUGCGUCCACCUUCGUAAUCUGGUCACGUCGUCCUGAAAACCCCAGUCUGGCGCCUGGGGUCAUCAUCUCACCCCGUGCCUUUCCUCCCGAGAACGUGGUGCAGAGAGCUCUCGAGCUUCGGACCCCACCGGCUUCUCCAAAGGUCCAGCGCAUUGCUUUACCGCAGCCCUCGAUACCGGUCCCCGGCGAUGUUGAAGGCUCGCCUGAGCUCGCCGGUGAACUGUCUUCUUCGACGACAGAGACAACUCCAUCAGGUUCGCUUGCGGCGGACACACCUGUCCCGGGUUCGCCCUACUCAUGCGCCACGUCAGUUUCCGCUGCCGUUGAGCCUUCAGCACCCAAGGUUCAGGUCACUCCCCUCGCCGAUGCCCAAACGGAACAGGUUUCUACCACACCUGAGAUUAUGGAACCCACAACCCCUCAGCUGACUUCGGCUACCUCAGCAGCACUAGCAGCACCAGCAGCACCAGUACCGGUCACCCCUGCACCAGCGAUACCUGCUCCUCCACCGAAGCCCAAGUCGUGGGCAGCGCUCCUCCAGUCGGACUCCACCGCCUCGUCUUCCAAGCCCCGUCUUCCAGUCUCGAACGUCGUCGGUUUCUCUAUCCCAGCCACCUCCGGAGGGUCGUCAUCUCCCCAUCCGGGGGGAUCGGUGGGCGCCGCGAACCGAAACGAACUCCUUCGUCUGAUCAACGAGGGCCCGUCAAGUUCAACUGCCAACCUCGCCGCGGCGAUGAAGAUCCGCCCGCGGGGCUUGGUCAAUACCGGCAACAUGUGUUUCGCCAACGCGGUUCUGCAGAUCCUCGUCUACUGUCCUCCCUUCCAUCGCUUCUUCUCAGAGCUUCGUAAGCAUCUUUCCGGUCCCGUUGUUGGCUCACAACGGGAAGGCUCGAAAGCCACGCCGCUUGUCGACGCUACCAUCCAAUUUAUGAAAGAGUUUGUGCCGGACCCACCUGCUCACGCCGCCGACUCGAGGUCCAAGGGCAAGGAGCGUGACGAUGAUGCGUUCGAUGAGCUCGAUAGCUUCAUCCCAACCUACGUCUACGAUGCGAUGAAGGAGAAGAAGCGGUUCGCCAACAUGAUUGGUGGACAUCAAGAGGAUGCAGAAGAGUUCCUUGGGUUUUACCUUGAUACCCUCGAGGAAGAGCUCCUGUCGAUAGCGCAAUCGCUGCAGCCCAAAGAACCUGCAAAGGCCUCCGAGGAGGAGUCAGUGCAGGAUGAUGGCUGGAUGGAGGUGGGGAAGAAGAACAAGGCCGUGACCACCAGAACCGCCAAGUCCACUGACUCCCCGAUCACGCGGAUAUUUGGUGGGAAGUUCCGCUCGAUACUGCAGACGCCGCACCAGCGCGACUCCGUCACGAUCGAGGACUGGCGUUCGCUGCAACUCGACAUCCAACCCCAGGACGUCACCUCCCUCCGGGACGCGAUCCGGCACAUCUCACAGCCCCAGACGGUGCAGAUCUCAAUCCCCACGCGGCCGGGCGUGGUGUUAGACGCAAAGCAACAGGUGCUGAUCGAUGCGCUCCCGCCGGUGCUCAUCCUCCACAUGAAGCGCUUCCUGUACGACACGAAGGUCGGCGACGUCGUGAAGGUCGGGAAGCAGGUGUCCUUCUCCGCCGAACUCGAUAUUCCCCUAGGCCGUAAAAUACCAGCUCUUCGGCGUCCUAUACCACCACGGGCCCUCCGCCUCGGCGGGCACUACACCCUCGACGUCCUCCACCCGAACCGCGAGCUCUCAGACCGCCCGCGGCCAGCGUGGAUCCGGAUCGACGAUGAGCUCGUCUCAGACGUCAUGCCCCAAGACGUCUUCGGCGGCCAGGAGCGCGAGGACCGCCAACCAUACCUGCUCUUCUACCGCCGCCUCGCAGCGUGGGGCGCGGCACGGACAUGA